UGGAGUAGGUCCAUCUGCGAAAUCCUCUGAGCCUAUCUGCGAAAUGGUGUAAUUUUUUUAUUUUUUUAUUUUUUUUUAUUUUAUUUUUUAUUUUUUUAAGUUUGACUAUGAAAUGAAUUGGUUUGACUACGAAAUGAGCUUUGCUAUAUAAAAACUUUUGUAGAAAAAAUAUCAUUUUGGUUGUUAUUUGUUUGUCUUGUAAAGAAAUACUCUCUACAAUUUGCUCAAAAAAUGAUUGAAUAUUUGGUUUGUCUUGUAACCGGUGGGAGAUGGCAAGUUAAUGGAACUAAUCUGGAAUACAUAUGUCCACAGGGAGGUAUUUCUGAACUUGCUUUGAUAUUUUCUGAGUAUAUUAGUUAUAGUGAUUUUGUAUCUUUGGUAAGAAGCAAAAUUGGUUUGUUAGACAAAUAUAGAAUUAGUCUUCGUUUCCACCAUCCUGAAUUAAAUUAUUAUAUAGCUAUAGUUGAAGACGUGGAUGUUAGAAUGUUGAUAAACGUAAUCAAAUGUAGUGGAGGAAGGGCUAUGAAAGUGUUUGUGGUGGUUGAUGAAGUUGAGGAGGUUAAUGGGGGCGGUGAAAUUGGAAACCAAGUUGUUGGUAAUUUAUGCAGUUAUAAAGGGAGCAACGAUCCGAUAGGUACUUUCAAUACUCCUAGUGUACCUCAGUUUCACAGUGUUGCUGAAAAUGUUAAUGUUAGUUAUUCACCUAUUCACUAUGUGGAUCCCGAGAAUUACAAGUAUCUUGGUGAUGAUGAUGUUGGUACAUAUCUUAAUCAUGUGGGUGGUCGUUGUGAUGAUGUUGCCGAACAAGAAGUUAAACUUAUGAAUAGGCGUGUGGUAGAUAAAACUAAAAAGAAAAAAAAAUUCAACUCAAAAAAAUGAAAAAAAUCAUGUUUACGGGCAUUAUGUUGAUGUUGGUGAUGUAUGUUUAGAUAUAACCGAGCUACAAAGUAAUUCCGAUAGAGAUGAGUUGGGUGAUGAAGUUAAAGCUAAGUAUCCCGAUAACCUUUUUCACGGUAUGCCCCCUGUACCAGCAUGGCCAGUUGAUAUUAAUGAAGAUAUCCCAACACAGAUGGUAGACAUUAAUCUUCAAAAGAUUCAAUGUGAGAGUAUAUUUAAAAACAAAGAACUUUUAAAGCGAUGUACUGGUAAAAAAUGUCUUCGAGAAGGUUUCCAGACGAGGACAAGUAGAUCCACCAAAUCAAGGUAUGAAGCUGUGUGUGUUUUGAAAAAUUGUUCUUGGUUACUAAGAGCAAAAGCAAUUAAAAAUACUGAUGGACUUUUCCAAGUGAAUAAAUUUGUUGAUGUACACACAUGUUCUUCAACAUUGUUGCAACCUAAUCAUCGACAAGCAAACAAAUAUGUUUUGGGUGAAUAUGUUGCUGAUGUUUUGGCUGAAGACUAUAGUAGAGUUUAUCGGGGAAAAGAAAUUGUUAAUGAUAUGAAUGCUCAAUUGAAUAUCAAUAUCUCAUACCAUCAGGCAUGGCGUGCGAAGCAAUAUGCAUUGUUGUCGUUAAGGGGUACGAAAGAGGAUUCUUUUACCAAACUUCCGGCGUAUUGUCACAACUUGGCCAAACAUAAUCCGGGUACUGUCACACAUAUUAAAACAGAUGCUGAUGACCGGUUUGAGUUUUUGUACGUCGCACUCGGUUGCUCGGUACGAGCUUUUGUCAAUUUUUGUAAGCCGACCCUAGUAGUAGAUGGAGCUCACCUAAAGGGCGAGUUCAAAGGUACCAUGCUACUUGCAGUUACUAAGGACGGACAAAAUCAAAUAUUACCGGUUGCAUAUGGUAUAUGCAAAAAUGAGUGUACUGAUUCUUGGACAUGGUUUUUUCAAAAACUACGUGAUUGCAUAGGAAAUAUGCAGGAGCUUACAAUUAUAUCUGAUAGGUCUCCAUCUAUAGCAACAUCCGUUGCCAACAUUUUUCCUCACGCUCAUCAUGGAAUAUGUGGUGUCCAUUUGUAUUUCAACAUAGUAUCUAGAUUGGGCAAGAGUAAGACGGUUAAAGGAAUUUUUUGGGAGGCGUGUAGGGCGUACACAGUUGAUGCUUUUGAUGCUGCCAUGGAUGUUAUGAAAAAAGACAAAAGAACCAGUAUGGGAGUACUUAAAAAGUAUAAAUCCAGAAACCUGGUCAAUGGCACAUUUUAAAGGGAACCGAUACAAUCUUAUGUCGUCCAACAGUGCGGAGUCUAUAAAUGCAUUAUCUAGACACGCACGUAAGGUGCCAAUACUUAUGUUGAUUGAUUUUUUUCGUGCUACAAUGCAACAAUGGUGGUUUCAAAGACGUAGCUUUGCAUGUAUUAUGUAAAUUUGUAAUAUUAAUGUUUUAUUAGUUUCGAUGUUAUUGAUUUUAACUUCUUCAUUUUGGCUGUUUUUUUAGCGGAAGCAACAACAACACUUACCCCUUGGGCGGAUGAAGUUGUAAAAGAAAACAAGAAAACUUUUACCAAAUGGGAUGUUCGCAUGAUCUCAAAUACGAAAUGCGAGGUCAAAAAGGGGGCACAAAAUGUGAUUGUUGAUUUUCAACAUAUGACAUGUACAUGUAGGCAUUGGCAAGUUGAUGGGAUACCCUGUGGUCAUGUCAUAAGAUGUUUAACAGUGAACAAUUACCAAGACUGCUCGAGGUUUGCAUUAAAUGCUUACCUUACCGAAACACUGAGGAAAACAUAUGAGGAAUCAAUAAACCCUCUGCCGAAGCCAUCCGAAUGGGAGAUCCCCGAUGAUUUGAUGAUUGUUAAGCCACCUAUAAUGGAUAAACGUCAGCCAGGCAGGCCAAGAAACACAUACCGCAUUCCAUCCCAAGGCGAGGGUCCAAUUAUAAAAGAGUGUUCUACAUGUGGUCAACUAGGACACACGAGAAAUAAUUGUACUGGAAGGGCGUCUGGUAGCAGAGCAGGUCACAUAAUUUCUACUGCAGAAAUGGCAUAUAAUAUUGGUGGUUCAGCGGGUUGCUCACAAACCCAUAACGUUGAUUUUGAUAUAAAACAACCUUGAAAUUUAGAGUAAUGACGAGUUGUUAGCUUAUUAUGUAUUGUAAUAUUUUUAUUAACUCUUACAAGACAUUGCUAUGCUUUCAUAUUUUAGUUAAGUUUGUUGAUUAUAACAAUGAAUGAAGCCUUUAUAUUAUAAAAUAUAGUUUGCAGAUUUAU